AUCCUGCCCGAGUAGACGCCUGUCCGGAUGGAGGACGAACCUUUCACUUGAAUUUUUUUUGUUUUUGUUUUUGUUUUUUGUUUUUUUGAGGGGGGAGGGCAUCCUUUCACGUUGUUCGCGGCAUGCACGAUAUUUGGGCGUGUUCUGACAUUUUUUUUUACCCCCCACGUGAGGAUUAACAUUUUCAGCCAUGCAGUCGUUCGUGACACCGUUGUGGAAAUGUCCACGGGCCAGUGAUGUGCUAUGGUGAGCCAACAAGCUAAUAGGACGCUAAGCAGGGGGUUGCUUUGGGAGACACCUUUUGAACGAGUCAACAAAUGAAUCGUACACGCUGUUAAUUUUCAACACGCUGGAAACCAAGGGGGAUGUCUAACCAAGGAGUUCGGAGGAAUGGCCCAGUAAAGCUGCGGUUGACAGUCCUGUGUGCUAAGAACCUGGCAAAGAAAGACUUCUUUCGGUUACCCGAUCCCUUUGCCAAAGUGGUGGUUGACGGUUCUGGACAGUGCCACUCUACCGAUACAGUGAGGAAUACAUUGGACCCGAAAUGGAAUCAACAUUAUGAUCUAUAUAUUGGAAAGGCAGAUUCGAUCACCAUCAGUGUUUGGAACCACAAAAAGAUACACAAAAAGCAGGGAGCUGGUUUUCUGGGUUGCGUCCGCCUCCUCUCAAACGCCAUCAACAGACUUAAAGACACCGGUUAUCAGAGACUGGACCUCAAUAAGCUUGGCCCCAACGACAAUGAUACAGUCAGAGGGCAGAUAGUUGUAAGUCUUCAGUCAAGAGACCGCAUAGGUACUGGAGGGCCAGUGGUGGAUUGCAGUCGUCUCUUUGACAACGACUUACCUGAUGGAUGGGAAGAGAGAAGAACAGCCUCUGGAAGAAUACAGUACCUGAACCACAUCACACGCACCACACAGUGGGAGAGACCCACCAGGCCAGCUUCAGAGUACUCCAGCCCAUCUGGACGUCCUUUGAGUUGUGUGGUGGAUGAGAACACACCGGUGAUGACACCCAAUAACGGGGCGGAGGCCAGUGGCCCACCGGGAGAGCAGCGACUCCAAGAGAGACGUGUGCGAUCACAACGGCACCGCAACUACAUGAGUCGAACGCACCUGCACACGCCUCCAGACCUGCCCGAGGGUUAUGAGCAAAGAACGACUCAACAAGGCCAGGUCUACUUCCUGCACACACAGACUGGAGUCAGCACCUGGCAUGACCCUCGCGUUCCCAGGGACUUGAGUAACGUGAAUUGCGAGGAGCUUGGCCCUCUGCCGCCAGGCUGGGAGAUUAGAAACACUGCAACUGGCCGCGUCUACUUUGUGGACCACAACAAUCGAACAACCCAGUUCACAGACCCCAGACUGUCUGCGAAUCUACAUCGGGUUCUCAACAGUCCCAGUCCAAAUGGAUCCCGUGUGGUCACAGAAAGCCAAAACACUAACCACAGCCAUCCAGCUCCGAUGAAGGGCCAGGGAGGUUCCAGUGGCCCACAGCAAACUUUGUCCCCAGCCCAGUUGCCGGAGGAGGCCGAGUGCCUGACGGUGCCCAGGUACAAGAGAGAUCUGGUGCAGAAGCUCAAGAUUCUACGUCAGGAGCUCUCUCAGCAACAACCCCAAGCCGGGCACUGCCGAAUCGAGGUGUGCCGUGAGGAGAUCUUUGAGGAGUCAUACCGGCAGGUGAUGAAGAUGCGACCAAAGGAUUUGUGGAAAAGACUGAUGAUUAAAUUCAGAGGAGAAGAGGGACUGGACUACGGCGGGGUUGCAAGGGAAUGGUUGUACUUGUUGUCCCAUGAGAUGCUGAACCCGUACUAUGGCCUGUUCCAGUACUCCAGAGAUGACAUCUACACUUUACAGAUUAACCCCGACUCGGCUGUCAACCCUGAGCACCUGUCAUAUUUCCACUUUGUGGGUCGCAUCAUGGGCAUGGCAGUGUUCCACGGCCACUACAUUGACGGAGGCUUUACGCUGCCGUUUUACAAACAACUGCUGGGAAAACCCAUCACACUGGACGACAUGGAGUCUGUGGACCCCGACCUCCACAACAGUCUCGUUUGGAUCCUGGACAAUGACAUCACUGGCGUCCUGGACCACACCUUCUGUGUUGAGCACAACGCUUAUGGAGAGAUCAUUCAGCAUGAGCUGAAACCCAACGGAAAGAGCAUCUCUGUCAGCGAGGACACCAAAAAGGAGUAUGUCAGGUUGUAUGUGAACUGGCGUUUCCUACAUGGCAUCGAGGCUCAGUUUUUGGCACUGCAGAAAGGCUUCAAUGAGGUGAUCCCACAGCAUCUGCUCAAAUCCUUCGACGAGAAGGAGCUCGAGCUGAUCGUGUGCGGCCUGGGAAAGAUCGACGUCUCCGACUGGAAGUCUAACACGCGUCUCAAACACUGCACGCCCGACAGCAACGUCGUCAAGUGGUUCUGGAAGGCGGUGGAGUCGUUUGAUGAGGAGAGGAGGGCGCGCCUGCUGCAGUUUGUCACCGGCUCCUCGAGGGUGCCCCUGCAGGGCUUCAAGGCACUGCAAGGUGCAGCAGGACCUCGACUUUUCACCAUUCAUCAGAUUGAUGCCAACACCAACAAUUUGCCCAAAGCCCACACCUGCUUCAACCGUAUCGACAUUCCGCCCUACGAGAGCUACGACAAGCUGUACGACAAGCUGCUGACCGCCAUCGAGGAGACCUGUGGCUUUGCAGUGGAAUGAGAGUGUGUGUGUGUGUGUGUGUGUGUGUGUGUGUGUGUGUGUGUGUGUGUUGACGUGAGACCGUAUGGCCUCACCCAUGCAGCAGAACUGAGCGUCCCGCUGUCUUCCUCUCUUUUUCUUGCUGCUGUCCACGUUCUUUCCGUAUCGCUCAGAUCGGGACUUUGUUUGGUAUUUCUUUGUGUUGUGGCAUCGCUGUGAGUGGGCAGACGGCGGCAAAGACCACCCUGCGCUCCCCCCUUCAUUCUUCAACUCCUUCCAGGCAUUUGUUAAGAGCAGGACAAGAAUCAGUGUUGCUCCGUGCAUGUCAUGCACCUGUGACUUCUCGCUGUGUCUUCUUCAGGUAGCCACUUCUUGCCCACGCUCAUAAACUUCAUACAUCGAAGUGGGGAGCCACACGUUCAUCCUACCUCAGUCCAAGCUCUAGUGUGUGUGUGUGUGUGUGUGUGUGUGUGUGUGUGUACGAGGGAUUCAGUUCAAUUCUCAAGCCCCUCAUCGAAGCAAGUCCAGUUUUGAUAGCAGCCCUAAAAAGUUAAUAUAUUGUUUUGGGAUCUGGCUGUGAUUUUAGUAUUUUUUUUUUUUUUUUUUUUUUUUUUUGUAUUUUCUUUUAAAGUAAAGCAUGUCAGGUGCUGAGGAGACGGACUCUGGUGAAGAAAUUGUGUGUGUCUGUCUGUUUGUCCAAAUCCAUGUUUGAAAGCAAAGAUUCAUAGGUCUUUCUCGUUUUUUUCCCCUCGAUGCCGUACAGUGGACCCUUCAAAGUUGGAGACAUACUUUAAGUUGCUCCCCAAGAAACAAAAGCAAAUAAUUUAUCCAGCCUCGGCCUUGAGCUGCUGUACAGGUUAUAGCAACAUUUGAACACCCCUAACUGUCACAAGUAUAAAGAGUUAGUGAACUUACACUGUUGCGAGCAGCAAGACCCUUUGCUAUGUCACAGUAACUUGCAUUUUUGCUUCUACAUCAUGAAAAAAAACAAACACGGGUUAAUCUUUUAGUUUUUCACUGAUGGUUUAAAUUCCACAUCCUACCACACUUGGGGGUGUUUCCACUUUGGAGGUUCCACUGUCCAUGUUUCAAGCUGAACUGUAGAGCCUCAUUUGUCUCUUUUGUUUUUUUCCUCGCUCUCGUUCAUCCAUCCGCAUUUUGUACGGAUGCGUUAUUCACCCCGGCCGACCUGCACGCUCGCUGUACCGUCAACGUUUUGCAAAGUGUCCACUGCUGCAGACAGACAGAUGUUUAUUUUCCCUUGUCACUGUCAAGCACUUUAGCAAGCGAGCGAUGAUGUCAGGAGUACUUCCCCCACACCCCAACAUUGAAACAGGGUUUCCUAAACGAGCCAAAUGAAAACUCUUUUUCCUCCCUGGCGACCCAAACUUGGAGAAAUACAUGAAUGUUGACACAUUCUGAAUGAAAAAGCCCUUUCCAAGAAAUGAGAUUCCUGAUUGACGAUCAAUAAAAUAGCUUACAACGUUUCACUUGCUAAAGUGUAGGAACCCUUGUUUUCAAAUGUAUCAUGUCUACUUUGCUAUACUAUAUUUUACAAGUAUACAGACUAGAGGAACACAUAUCUAUACAGCAAGUUUAUAUGUGCAAAUAUAUGAUUUUGUUAGUGUUCCUUGCAAAUGCAGCAUGUCUGUCACAGACCUCUUUGCAUUCUCAGGUGAACUUGUGCUUUUUCUUUUUGUUGUUGUUUUUUAGGCUGUGGGUUCUUUUUUUCCCCCCAAUGGGGUGGGUGGGAAGGACAUUCUUUUUUUUACAUGAUUUAAUGAGGAGGGCUUUCAAAAAGGGAGACGCCUGACUUUUUAAUCGUUGUCCGUUCAUAGGAGAAGCGUUUGCUACUGGGGGAUGUUUCCACUAAAUUCCAAGCAGCCCAGAGGACAACGUUUCAUAUCUCAACAAGUCUGUUUUGCAUAGCCGUGACUAUUUGUUUCGACUUGUGAGUCAUCUUUUUUGUUAUUUUCUUCACUGGCUGCAACCAUGAAGAGCUGACAAAUUCUUCUCUGAACAUUUACAGAGGAUUUUGAUGUUAUCUUUAACACAACAACAUAUAAAUGCAUUGCAAGUGUUAUUUGCACACAUCAUGUAUACUUGGACACUUCCAUUUAUGUACCAAAUACGAAUGGACUGAUUUUGAUGUAGACCACAUAUACUGUAUGCACACGCACGUUCCUGCUAUGCCGCACAUGUAUGUUUGUCCACAUCACAUCUUGUCGCUUUUCUGUUUGCUGGCUGACUCGCAAACACUUCGGGGGGCCAAAUUGUCCCCAAUGAAACCAACCAUUCUGUCAAGUCAUUCUGAAUACCAUUUUCCCCAGGUUUUUGUAUUUAUUGUUACAGUAACUAUUCAGUUUUUCACCUCAGCUGCUCUGUGAGCGUGUAACUGACACCUGUACAAAAGGACAAUAAAGAGGCAAAGAUAUUAAAAAGAUUGGGGCGGGGGCGGUAACUAAUUCUUGUAUAGUUGCAGAAAGCGGAGCAAUAAAACACUGCUGUCGUGCAUAUGACAGCAUUAUGUUUCAUAGAUGCAUGUGUAUCACUGUGCCUGCAUUUUAAAUGGAUAAUGUUGACCAUUUUAAUGGGGGGCUCGAGUGCAAUAACUUGCUUGCAUAAAUGUGCACACCCCCAAACUAAUGCUUCGUUGCAGCACCUUUGGCUUAUAUUACAGCCCUCUGUCUUUUUUUUUUUGGUAGCGGUGUGUCAGUGUGGCGCGUCUUGAUGUGGCAAUAUUUGCCCAAGUCUGUCAGAUCUUUAGAUCACACCACAGAUGUUCAAUGGAACUGUUCGUAAUUCCUUCCACCUGGACUAAGGACUUUGUUCCAGCUGGGGAAAAAAAACAGCCCCAAAGCAUGAUGCUGCCACCACCAUGCUUGACUGUAGGUAUGGCGUUCUUUUGGUAAUGAGCAGUGUUAUUCUUGAUGAUGUCACUACUGUGCCAUAUCUUCUCCACUUGAUGAUGACUGUCUUCACUGUGGUCGAUGGCGUAUUUAAUGCCUUUGGAAUUCUUUUAUACCCUUUGCCCUUGUGCUGUUCGUGUCAGAUCUGACUAUAAAAAUGACAGGAAAAGCCUACUAGAAGAUCUCGACUUUAUUUGGGGUAAAUUACAGGCACUUUAAAUGUGGCAGUUUUGCACUGCCUACUAUUUAACGUGUUCGGAUGUAAUUGGUUAAUUCGGUAUGUGCGGAACCUCCUUCCUCAUUCGGCAAAAGAAUGCUAAGUUCCUCCCGGUUUGAGUGAAUGGUGAAGGCGGCCAUGACAAAGCAACCAUAGGAACUUUAAAUGUCUGCAAUGUCUUUUUUUUUUUAGCAAGUUGUCAUCACCACAGAGCCAUCAGAGAUGACAGUAGCAGAUGUCUAGGCUUCGUUAUUGUUAGCAUUAUAUUUGUAUAAAUAAAUGGUGUUUAACUUUUGUCCGAAGACACCAGCCAUUAAAAAAGAUAAAUUUUGCAAGUUCGGCUUCAGUUAACCCCCCCCCCCCCCCCAAAUGUUUUAUUUAGACACACAGAACAUACAAAUUCAAUCGCCAAGGGGUGAACACAGGAAGAAGAAGAAAAAACACAAAUCCAUUAUAUAGCGCACAGAAAUCCAAAGUUUUGUGCUUUCACAUUUGUGGAGUGUCUAGUGUGCCUAUUAUAUUGCUUGACUUUAUUUUCAAAUAUUCAAAUCGGUUUUUUUUUUUUUUAUUAUUGUCUGCAUCUGUUAUGUCAUUUAGCUAAUAGUAUAAUAAGAUUCAUAAUAUAUAUUUUUUUUAUUUACAGAAUCAAUGAAGAAAUCUGUGUUCUAAGAAAAGAGAGAUUUGGUUCUAUACAGAGUGAAAUCAAGUAUCUUUUUUUUUUUUUUUCCCCCUCCCCCAAUUCGUUUUUAAAUCUCCAAAUGGUUGUGCACCACCUUACUCCGCGGAGCUACUCCAUCCCUACCUACGCUCUCUCCUGGUGCCUCAGGUCAGCUGAUCAGCUGCUGCUUGAGGUGGCGAGGUCAAGGCGGAAUGUCAGAGGGGAUAGGGCCUUUUCCGUUGCUGGCCCCACGCUGUCGAAUGCGUGGCAGAGAAAUCCCCUCACUGUCGAUUUUUCAAACCCAUUUCAACCCAGUUUCAUUUUUUUUUUUUCAGGUUAAGACUCAGCAUCUGUUUUAUUGUUCUGUUUUGGUUAUCUUAAAUUGUUUUCAUUGUUUAAGUUUGGUGCUUAUCUGCGUACAGUACUUUGUUUUCAGCUGUGGUUGUAUUUAAAGUGCUUUAUGAAUAAAAGUUGAGAUGAGAGAA